AUGGAUUACCCUUUCUACGAUCCCCGAUCACAGCCCUCGGGCUACUCGCUCUAUGAGCAGCCUACCCCCGACCAACCCCAUGUGCAAGCAGAUACAUUCGUCCCUCUGAAUAAUUACCAAAACUUCCCUGGCUUUGACCCCUCAUUCCCCGUCAACCCCUCCUUUGUUCCACAGCCCCAUUCACCGCCAGAAUCGGUCAAACACUCUGCUUCCAGCAGCGAUGGUACCCAUACUCAGCAUACACGCCUCACCUCAUUCGACGGGGAUGAAACUCAAUUCGCAGACCCAACCUUAGGAAGGAGUAGCAGUGAGGAAAAGGAGUCAGCGCCCGCGCAAAGCAAGCGCAAGGCACAAAAUCGAGCAGCUCAACGAGCAUUCCGAGAGCGCAAGGAGCAGCAUGUCCGCGACCUCGAAGACAAAGUUAGUAACCUCAAACAAGCAUCCGACACUUUACAAGCCGACAACGAGCGCCUCAAGCGCGAGCUAGCGAGGUACACAACUGAGAAUGAAAUCCUGCGCGCGACAUCACAACACCCCAACCAUGGAAAUGCCAGCGCAAACGCCAAUCCAGAGCCCACUGUCACGGGCCCCAUGAAGUACACCCCUACAGACUUCCAUGAUACCUUCAUGCCCGAAGGCCCUGACACGCAUCGAAGCCCGCAACACCGUCUCCUUGUGUGUCCGACCACGGGCGAGAAGCUGCUGGAUGCGCGUGCGACGUGGGACCUUAUUCAGAAACAUGAGCUGUAUGAGCGCGGUCAGCUUGAUAUCGGGGAUAUCACAGAGCGGUUGAAGGGUAUGUCGCAGUGUGAUGGACAGGGCCCUGCUUUUAAAGAGGGCCAGGUUCGGAAGGCUAUUGAGGAGAGUGCGGCUGCUGGUCGUGAUGAGUUGAUCUGA